AUGCGCCUCGCCAUGAUCCUUCUUUCGAUUCCACUAUUUGUCUCUGGAAACGUGCUACAUGUACCGACACAAGUGACGAAAUCACACGCGGUCUCGCCAGAUGCGCAGUUUGUCGUCGCCAUGGGCAGAAGAUCUUUGCGAACGAGUGGCGAAGCUAAUGAAGAGAGAACCAGACUGAACACGCUGCUUCUCCUCGACGACGUCACUGAAGCAGAAAUGUCAUCAAUAAAGAAACUAGCUUUGACGUUUGCGAAAUUGGAAAAUAGGAACGACGGAGCAGCUGACCUAUUCAACAUGCUACGUCGCCAAGGACAUACGAAGGAAAGUGCAAGAAACGCCGGCAACCUAUACACCAAAUACCUUCAAAACCCUUCAGCAUUUCAUACUUAG